CACGCACUCUCUCAGCUCCACAGCAUCGCAUCUUUUUUGCAGUUAUUUUACGGCAUAAAUAUGAUCCAUAUAUGCUUUUCUCGCGUUCUUCGGGAUCAGUCAUAUAACACUCUUCUAACGGAGCAAGCAUCAAAGUAAUUUGGAAGGUACGAAUGGAACGAUCAGCUUGGUUUUUGCCACUGCCAUUGCUGUUAGCAUCACUAAUCACAACAGCUAACGCUCUAUACGGCGCCUCAUCUCCCGUCGUUCAGUUGAGCCCUUCGAAUUUCAAGUCCAAGGUGCUGAAUUCUAAUGGCGUAGUGUUUGUAGAGUUCUUUGCCCCCUGGUGCGGUCACUGUCAGGCUCUAACACCCACGUACGAGAAGGUCGCCUCUGUCUUGAAAGGCGUAGUCACUGUCGCGGCACUCGAUGCCGAUGCUCACAAGUCCCUUGCUCAGGAAUAUGGCAUUAAGGGGUUUCCUACGAUUAAGGUUUUUGUAGCGGGAAAACAGCCUGUUGAUUAUCAAGGAGCAAGAGAGGUAAAACCCAUGGUUGAUUUCGCGAAGGCACAGAUUAGGGAGUUGUUGAAGGAUCGGUUAGAUGGAAAAACAGCAGGAGGGUCAUCUCAAAAGUCUGAACCUAGUGCAUCAAUUGAGUUGAACUCAAAAAACUUUGAUGAUUUGGUGCUUAAAAGCAAAGAACUAUGGAUUGUGGAGUUCUUUGCACCAUGGUGUGGCCACUGCAAGAAGCUUGCUCCUGAGUGGAAGAAAGCUGCAAAUAGCUUAAAGGGAAAGGUGAAGUUGGGCCAUGUAGACUGUGAUGCAGAGAAGUCUCUAAUGAGCAGGUUCAAUGUCCAAGGGUUCCCAACAAUUUUGGUGUUUGGGACUGACAAGGACCAACCUGUACCUUAUAAUGGUGCAAGGACUGCCUCUGCAAUUGAAUCAUUUUCACUCGAGCAGCUAGAAAUGAAUGUCUCCCCCCCUGAAGUAACUGAAUUGACUGGGCCGGAUGUCAUGGAAGAAAAGUGCAACUCUGCCCCACUUUGCUUUGUGGCAUUCCUUCCUGACAUUUUGGACUCCAAGGCAGAAGGAAGGAACAAAUACCUUGAGACACUGUUAUCUGUUGCUGAGAAGUUCAAAGUGAAGCCCUACAGCUACGUAUGGGCCGCUGCCGGAAAGCAACCAGAUCUUGAGAAGUAUGUUGGAGUUGGAGGGUAUGGAUAUCCAGCCAUGGUAGCUCUAAGUGUGAAAAACCAACUAUAUGUUCCACUCAAGAGUGCAUUCCAACCCGACCAGAUUAAAGAUUUCGUGAGAGAAAUUGGGGUAUCGGGAGGUAAGGGAAAAAGUUUGCCUUUAUCUGGCACCCCUACCAUUGUAAAGACUGAAGCUUGGGACGGUAAAGAUGGGGAAAUCAUUGAAGAUGACGAGUUUUCCCUGGAAGAACUUAUGAGAGAUGAUGAAUGAUGAUGAUAAAAACUUAUUUCAGUUCUACCUCUUUCAACAUUAUUAUAGAUUAUGAGAAAUGUACUUUCUAAAGUUUUGUUUGGAGCGAGAGUUAGUUGGGAGGCUGGGAGUGCCGAAAGGGCUUGGAGACGUGUGUGUGAGAUCCUUGAGAAUGGUCAUGUUUGAGUACAUGCCUUAUGCCUAGUUCAUUCGCUAAACCCAUGAGAAUGUUGUUGCUCGAUUCAUUUUUGCUUAUAUUUUAUGUUAGCCAUCUAAUCAUCAAAUAAGGGUAUUUUUGGGGACGAAUUGGGGGGGGGGAUACCUCUUGUACUUUCAAAAUGUUCUAUUAUAAAUGUAAUAUUUUUAUUAUA